AUGGUCCAAACAAAAGGUGUGAAUGACAUUCAGGUUUCCUCUUCCAAUAAGGCUUUAGAAACCAGAAUUGAAGAGCUUACUUCUUUAGUGAAACAAAUGACAGUGAGUAAACCUCAAACAGCAAAGUUGUGUGGUAUUUGUACUUCUACUGAACAUCCUACUGACACAUGUCUUAUUCUUCAAGAUGAUUCGGUCACUCAGUUGCCUCAAGCAUAUGCAACUAACUUUUUCAACCAAAGCAACAAUCAUAGAGGGUACAACAUUCCUGACUUGUCCACCAACAAAUAUCACUCCAAUUGGAGGAACCAUCCAAACCUUCGAUAUGGAAACCAUCAUCCCACCCAACAACAAUUAGUCACACCCCUGCCACAGACCACUCCCCAAGUCUCCACCUCUGCAUCUUCCGGACCUUCAUUAGAGGAUCUUGUCAAACAAAUGGCUACACAGAUUGGACAACUUGCCACUUCGAUGAAUGCCAUGCAGCAAGCCCAAGGAUCAAACCAACUUCCUGCCCAAACAAUUGUGAAUCCAAAAGGUCCUAAUGCUAAGGUGAGUGCAAUUUCGUUGAGACCCGGGAAGGUAACAAAACCAUCCCUAGAAAAAAAUGAAAAAAUUCUUGAGGUAACACCUGAACCUUCUUCCGUUAUGAUAGAAACUGAACCCUCUGUUGUGGUAGAAACUGAAAAAGAAAAAGAGAAGGAGUAUGUGCCACCAGUUCCCUUCCCACAUGGAAUACUGAAAAAUAAAAGGACGGAUGAUGGAGACAAUGAGAGAGAGAUUUUAGAUGUGUUCAGAAAAGUGGCGGUAAACAUUUUGCUUCUUGAUGUUAUUAAGCAGGUUCCAAAGUAUGCAAAAUUUCUAAAAGACUUGUGCACAAGUAAGAAAAGGUUGAAGGGCAAUGAGAGAGUAAAUUUGGGACGAAACAUUUCAGCCCUUAUCCAGCCUAAACAUUCACCUGAAAAAGCUACUGCUUCAUCCCUCAAUCAGGCCAUACCCCAAAAGUGCAAGGACUCAUGA